CCCCUAUUUCUCUAGGAAGGCAGCGGUAUUACAUCAUCUGUUUCUUCUUGUCUUUGUGGACCUUUACCUCUCUUUCUUUUGUCACUUGGGUGAAGAAAACACUAAGAUGAAUGAAGUUCUUACUAUAGCCUUCUUUUCCCUAAUCUACCUUCAUACAGGAGGAGCACUUUCAUGCUGGGUAUGUAAAUUUGUUGCAAAAGAUGAUAGAUGCAAACAUCCUGAGAAGCUCUGUGAAUCAAGAGGGUUUGAUUUCUGCUACAAUCGGCUGAUUACUAAAGGAAAGACUAUUGUAAAGGUGGACCGAGGUUGCACUUCAGUGUGUCGUAAUACAAAGAAGAGUCAGGAGGACUUUGAAGAAAUAAUGGUGUGUUGUGUGAAAGACUAUUGUAAUUUUCACAACUUUUGGAUCAAUGAUUGAUCAAAUGAAUCAAUGAAUUAAAGAAUGAAUGCCUCUGUC